AUGGCCUGCAGGGGUUGCACUCGACCCAGGGGCCUGGCCUGGGCCCUGCAACUGACCCUGGCAUGGAUCCUGCUGGGGGCUUGUGGAGGGAGCCACCCACUCCCAGCUAGAUCCCAGAGACACCAUAGGCUGGCAACCAAUCUGGGCACAAGCCAGCUGCACCUGGCAGAGAUGAACACACCAGAGGCAUUGGACCCUGGGAUCGUCUCAGUGCGCUGUGGGGACCUGAGCCCCGGGUGUGAAUCCUUCCUGGGACACCUCCAGGUUGCCCUCCGCAGUCGUUUCCACCUGCUGCUAUUGGGGGUACGCCAGACACAUCCUCUCUGCUCGGAGCUCUGCGAUGCCUGGUUUGCCACCUGCGAAAGUGAUAUCAUCUGCAGCCCGACUUGGCUCCCACUCCUAGAAAAGAGGGGCUGCGAACCUGGCUGCACCACCUAUGGGCAGACUUUUGCUGACGGAGCGGAACUUUGCCGCUCGUUUCUGGGCUACGCGGUACCAGUGGCGGAUCCUGGCUCUGGUCACUGCCUCAACAUUUCCAUCUCGGUGCUGCCGCGUCCCAGACACGCACGGAGGGCCCGGGAAACCACUUUCCGGCGCUCCCGCCGCCCUCGCACCUGGAUCCUGGACGCUGCGAGCAGCGGAAGUGGCAGUGGAAGUGGAAGCGGCCCCUAG